GAAAUUAGGUCAACCUUCUAAAGACACGUAAGCAUCAAUGGGCAUUCACCGUAACCUCUGUACAGGUAAAGCAUAUUCUUCAGGCGUUGACAACGAUAUUAAGAAAACGCUGUAUGUUAUCAAAGGUUAUGUCCAGCGAACCUGAAGUCAAGCACACUGGAGGAUGCCACUGUGGAGCCGUGAGGUUUGAAGUAUGGGCACCGUCUGUACUGAAGGUUGUAGACUGCAACUGCAGCAUUUGUAAAAUGAAACAAAACAGACAUAUUAUAGUUCCAUCUUCCAAAUUUAAACUUCUUCAGGGAGCUGACGCUAUAACCACCUACACUUUUAAUACACAUAAAGCAAAGCAUACAUUCUGCAGGACGUGUGGCGUUCAGAGUUUCUACACGCCGAGAUCGAACCCUGACGGUUAUGGAGUCAUGCCUCAUUGCUUGGACCCGGGCACUGUCUCCAGAGAAGAAGUGGCAGUAUUUGAUGGCGAAAACUGGGAGGCCGCUAUGGAAGUGCAUGGUGAUAACAUUAGAGGACGGUCAAAAGAAACGUAAGCCGAUCCAAGAGGACACUCAAUGGCAGGUUUACACUGUCCAGCAUCUUCAAAGGGCCUAUCGAGCGGACAGACGCAGCCUGGCACGCACCCGGUAACUUGGCAGACUGGGUUAGGACUGUAGCACGUCUUGUGACAGUUGGUCGCACAGCUAUCGUACAUCUGGCCAGCGGGACACGUUAUAGCUAGAAUACACGACAAUUCAGGUCAUCUUCGUCUAGGAAAUGUUAGGAGGAUUCAAUGUCACAUAAGAUUUCAUUCUGUGUCUUAUAUUGUUUAACAAUAUACUUACUACAAGUACAAAUAAAAGGCAAAAUAAUAAUAAUGGUAUGACAACUUGUAGAUAACUAUAUCGAUAUAGAUCGAUAGAGACACAAAUAAAUAGGUAUAACAGUUUGCCUUUAAAGUCCUGAGACUUGUGAGUA